GAAUUGACGGCAUUGGCCUAUGAUUACGGAAAACCGACAGCGCGAUUUAUCUCGUAAGCAAUUCUCCGGUACUCCUUUCUCGGGCUUGGUGACGCUGAUGACUAAACUUGACAAUUGAAUGCCGAUCGUGGUAUUACAACUUCAUACUCUUCCCCGUCAAACUCUGGGCCACUAGUCGCAUUCCUGGUGCUACCAGACGAGUGAUCAUGCAGUCCGGUCAACAAUCAACCCGUCAGAUCAGGGUCUAGCAUCUACCUACUGUUACCUACUAGUACCGACGUACCAGCGUAGGCGGUUUAGCUGGCUGCCCGACCAAAGACAUUGCCGUGGUCCGACGUUUUUCAAACCUUAUUUGCAAAUAAUACGCCCUUCCUGUGGAAAACUUGCCCUAAAACCCACCGCUCCACUUCCGCGUCUCAGUUUCCUUCUAUUAAUCGACUUGUUUCUGCGAAACUGGCCGAACACGAGUAGAAAGAGAACGAAUUGAAGCCGAGAGAUAUGGAGAGCUCCAGCAAAGUCAGCCUGAAAGAAGGCCCUAAUAUUGGCGAACUCGCGCAGGAAUCAAGUCAUAGAAACAAGGGAACUUGGGUACCGGCCAUACCUUUGACGCUAUUGGCGCCUGUGUUGAUUGGUCUUGCUUUGUUGGGCGUAUUGCUUCCGAAUACUAUCAUCUUGACCAAUGCAAGUAACGAAACUGCAGCCCUUGUUACCGAGAAGUAUUUUACAUCUGUUAUUUCAGAUGUCACCUUUCGGUGCAAAGCGCCUAUCAGCGCCCUUUUGCCAAUCGUCCAGAUCGCGACUACCAUACCUGACCUUGCGGACAUGUUUGCAGCACCAACAUGGCGCGCUUUCCAGACUGCGCGCGGCGCUCCCGAACAACUCGCCAUCUUAAGGGAGAAGAACGGCAUCGAUGUCCUGGUAUGCUCAGGGGCUCGCUACAGAUCCGGAUGCAAUAAUGCAAAUACCCCGAUUUUGAACGACACAUGCGUUAUCCGAGGCAUGAUGCAAUCUAUCGAACACCCAGCGACCCACAAGGGUGCCAUUGCAGUAGUGGACGACGAUCCUCCGAUAUCCAAUUUCGCCAUGCGCGGAUACACAUUGGAUCCAACCACUCGGAAAGUGAUGAACCCCGCAGAAAAUGACACGUUCCCAUUCACCGACUAUUCGCCUGUUAUGAUCAUGAUGUUGAACAAAUCUAUUGUAGUCCCGCAACCGUUUUUCUUCAUCAACAAAGUCACUGGACUUGGGUUGAAAACGGCAUACACGAUUCUCGUUCGGAUGGAUUCUGUCACCGGCCUUCCGUCCUACGGGUGCGGUGCUGGAGUCAAUGUGGAUAACUCCUGGAUCACGAUGCUUCAAAAAAUCAAGCCCAUGGAACAAAGCAUCGUAGCACUGUUGGAGCUUCAGGACCUCUUCCGUGCCACCAAUUUCUCAGUACUGUCCAGUAGCGAAAUGAUUACGGCGGGUGUCACUUUUGAUGCCAGUGGAAAUCCCAAGUACGGCACGGCCGCUGUGGAUGAAAGGACGGCCAAGCUUCGGCUUGAAGUCAUGCAAAAGUUUCCCACCAUUGCAGCUGCUACGGCAGCUGCCGCGCAGCAAGCGAGCUUCGAGAUUGACCUCGACAAUAAAAGAUUUAUAACUACGCUGGGAAUGGCUCAACUGGCAUUUAACUACAAAGUGCUUGUAGUCGUUACGCUACCCAGAGACGAGAUUUAUGGCAAGAUCGACGCUGCACGCACUAAAAGCAGCACUACUUCUAUCGGCAUCAGUAUUGGAGUGACUUUGGCGAUUGCCGGGAUCUUUGUGGUAGCCGUACUUCCGCUGUUCUCGCUGGCUAAGCAGAUGGAAGGCUUGACAAAGCUGGACUUUGGAACUCUCGAAUCGUCUGGAGCUCUGGACGCUCGCUCAUGGGUGUGGGAGUUACGCAAAGUCCAGAUUGUUUUUGGAACCAUGGUGAAAGCAUUUGCCGGGGCCAUCAAGAAAAACAAAGCAAUGAUGGGCAAACAAAGCGGCACGAGCGGAACCACAUCAAAGCACGGUCAAGGUAACGCAAGCGAUCAAAAGAAAGCUCCCCCGCUGCGUACAGCCGAUAACGUGUAGGGCUGAGGACAUAAAGAGCGGAAGAGGGCGAAAGCUGUCUAAACCCUCCCCUCCCCAUUACAAAAGCAAAAGCACACAUAGAUCUUCUGUUCCCAGUGAUUUUACAUCCCUACCUGAUGCUCGCAAAUAACAGAAAUGAACCCCCAGACGCUUCCGGAGUACCUGGAGCAG